AUGUCGAGACGAGCCGAUCGCGAGCUUCCCGACGUCGGCCAAGUCUCGCAAGGCUGGCGCCGCACGAUGCCCAUCUUCCUCGCCGUCGUGGCCGUGUGCUCCGUCACAAUCUUCAACUACCAAAAGUCCUCGUCGCCCAUCAUCUCGUCCACGCUCUACGCGCUGCGCACCUCCCCCGAGGCCAACCGCCUGCUCGGCGACGAGAUCUACUUCAAGCACCAGAUCCCCUGGAUCAGCGGCGAGAUGAACCAGGUCAAGGGCCGCAUCGACAUCAGCUUCUCCGUGCGCGGAUCGCGGGGCGCGGGCGUCAUGCGCUUCGCCAGCCACCGGCCCUCGAGCAAGGCGCUCUUCGAGACGACGGAGUGGAGCUUGACGCUGGAGGACGGGACAAAGGUGGAUUUGCUGGAUGGGAAUGAUCCGUUUAGGGGAUUGUUGGGGGGUGAUGAUGAGGAUGAUUUGCCGCUGGUGGAUGAUGAGUCGACGAAGGGAUUUAGACAGCAGGGUGCGUACAAUAGGUGA